UACGUGAUAAAGUUCGCUUGGAUGAUGCUGGAAACUAAAAGCAUCCAUGUUGUUUCACCAAUCGAUGAAAGGGCGAAAAUUGCCAGUUGGGUGAUUCAGAAUUCCGACUGCGUGGAGACGUACUGCAGUUUUUGUGGGGAGACGGGAGAAGCAGAAUGGAUUGGCUGUGAUGUGUGUCCACGCUGGUUUCAUGCUGGAUGCUACAACGGAGAUAUUGCGGAGAUAUUGGACGUACUUUGGAAAUGUCCAGCAUACGAGGCCGGUUGGCAUUAAAACGCAUUUGAUGUAAAAAUAAGUUUCAAAGGGUUGCCACUUGACACUAACAAGUAGAUCAAAUGGCCAUUUCCCGUUAACCUGUCCAUUGAGUACAGAGCCAUGAAUAUACAGUAGAAGCGCUACCCACGAAAUUAAUUCGUUCCGAAGACCCGUCGUAUUACAUAAGGCGUUUUACCUGUAAAUGCCCUAAUCCGUUUUAAGUCCACGUAAAACUCGGACAUCAUUUUCGUAUAAAUUAUAUUAAUGCUUAAAAUCCAACAACUACAUGUUAGAAUUAGAUUACAGCAUAAUAAAUAAACA